AUAGAUUUAUUGAAUAAAAAAAAUAUCUCCUACCAACUACCAAUGAACACGUGCACUAUCCGUUGCGCUUCACUCACUUCAAAGCUGAAAGUUGAAACACUGAAGAAGAUUAAGACGAGAGAGAAAAAUAUUGUGAUCAGAGUUGGAUGCAAUGCUUGCUUGCCCAAUCAGAGCAAUGGGAGUGGAGAAGGAGUUGCUGAAACCGGGAAGCGGCCCGAAGCCCCUUCCCGGUCAAAACGUCACCGUUCACUGCACCGGAUUCGGCAAAAAUCGAGAUCUCACCAAAAAAUUCUGGAGCACCAAGGAUCCUGGGCAGAAGCCUUUCACUUUCCAAAUCGGUCGAGGCCAAGUUAUUAAGGGUUGGGAUGAAGGCGUCUUGGGAAUGCAAGUGGGAGAAGUUGCUCGAUUGAAGUGCUCGCCGGAUUAUGCCUAUGGUUCAAGUGGUUUUAUAUCAUGGGGAAUUCAGCCCAACUCAGAUCUGGUUUUUGAUGUUGAAUUGUUGAGCGUUGAGUAAAUUGGUAGUGUAAUGCUUUGCAUUAUUGAAUUAUCGUUUCAUUGCUUCUUGUAUGAACUGAUGAAAUACUUUGUUAUCAAUUCAAGGAAUAAUGAAUGGAUGACAUCCAUUUCAAAAUA